AUGUGGAGCCUUCUCUGCUGCCUGCUGCUGCCCUGCCUGCUGCAUCACACCCAGGGACACAAGACGUACGGGGACAUGUUCCAGCACAAGCACUCCCCUUCAGGCUGGUUCCCCUUCCCCAUACCCCCAAUCCCCGGCUGGGACCCCGACAGCACGCCCUGGGACGACAGCCUUUACCCGCCACUGGAGGCUGUACCCAAUCAGCUGCAGAGGAACAAAGGAAAAACCAAGGUGGUGCUGACCAGCGACAGCCCGGCCCUGAACGGCUCCUCUAUAACUUUCACGGCUCAGCUGCAAUUCCCACCCUGUCAGACAGAGAGCAGCGACGGGGACCUGCUGUGGGACGAUCACUGCGAGGACGGUACGGAGCUGGAGGCCUCAGCCAAUGGGCAGCUGCGCUCUGGUUAUGUCUACAGCUGGUCUUCCUGGUUGGAGGAUUAUGGGUUCGGGAAGUGCCAGGACACCAACCAAUGUAACGUUUUCCCUGACGGCAAGCCCUUUCCUCAAAGCAACGACUGGAGACACAAGAACUAUGUGUAUGUGUGGCACACCAGGGGUCAGUACUAUGAGACAUGUGACGGUCACUCAUCCAGCCUAAGCCUGAACACCAGCUGGUUCCCACUGGGGGCCGAGGUAAUGGAGGUGCUGGUGUAUCGCCAGAGAGAGAGGAGAAAGUACAGCCCCAUGGUCCGCGACACCAUGGUCUACCACAUCACAGAUAAAAUUCCUGUGACCGUGAGUCUGUCCCAGAAGUCCGCCACAAACAUGUCGGACGGUGUGUUCUUCCGAGGGGAGGAGCUUCUGCUGCAGGUUCAACUGCACGACCCCAGCAAAUACCUGAAGAGUGCCGCCUCUGUGGACUUCCUGUGGGACUUCAGAGAUGGUAACCAGCUGGUAACCCACCGGGACACCAUCACCCACACUUACAGCACCCCAGGGAGGCGCAAUGUGAAGCUGGUGGUGGAGGCAGCCUUCCCCAUCGUGUGUCCAAGCCCUAUGCCCACAGCACCACCCACCCCCCAUCCAGAAGGAUCUACAGUGCACACAGGGACCCACGCCCUCACAGCCAGGACUGACCCCACUCACGUGACAGGCAGCAGCUCUCCUCCCUCUCAGCCUCCCACCUCUUCCUCCUCUGCCUCCACCUCUGGGCUCUUCUCCACAGAGCCUCUCCCUUCUGAGGGCCCCUUCACCACAGGGCCCUGGCUCCACAGACAACCGUCCAACACCAACCAGUGCUUCCGCUAUGUCCACGGCAGCUUCAGCACCAACGUCAGCAUCAUUGAGCCGAAGCCAGCAGUAAGGACCUGGCCCAGCAGCAAGAUAGUUGAUGUGACAACAGCUCGCGAGACCAAGACAGAUUUCAGCUUCAUCGUGCAGUGUCUGGGCAGCACCCCCACCUCGGCAUGCACCAUCAUCUCCGACUCGAGCUGCUCAGAGGUGAAGAGUGUUCGGUGUGAAGACCUGCCCCCCACUACCUCCCCCUGCAUGGUCCUCCUGCGCCGCAGCUUCCCCGGGCCUGGGACUUACUGUGUCAACAUCAGCCUGGCGGACAGCAGCAGUGUGGGGCUGGCCAGUACCACAGUGACCAUCCUGAAGACCCAGGAGGAGCCAGAGCCACAGCGCCCCCACAUUGCAGCAGUGGUCAUCUCCUCCAGUGCUGUCCUCACUGCACUUUUUGCUUUGGUGGCGUUUAUGGUCUACAGGCGUCGGCGUGUGUACAGACCAGUGCGUAGGAUCCUGCCGGACGAGGCCCUGAGCGCAGGAGUGCGAGGUCACGUGGUGCGCCUCCGAGACUCGCUCUUCCCGCGGAGUGAGGAGAGCCGCCAGCUUCUCCCUCAGCCUUGUGCUCUGUAA